AAUAAUUUCUUAUUUUACUGUUGCGCACUGAUAUUACACCACAGGCAAAUCUAUGGAAGGGGAAGGUGCUUUGGGGUUGAAGCCUCCUCCCCAAAUUGCGAAGCAGCAGAUAUGUGUGGCUCCAACAACAGCUCCGCACAAAAUAGAAAAGGUGCUAUCGCAAUGCCAGGAUGAGAUUAAGUAUGCUCUCCUUCAAGAAGCACUGAGUGUACUUGGACAGUCAGUGGGAAGACAAAAGAGAGAGACAUUCAGUGGUGAAGAAAAACGAAUUGCAGGAUGCCUAUUGCAGUGUGUCUACAGGAAAAUGAAAGCAGUGGACGAAAAUGGUUUUCCUACAGCUCCUGCUCUGGUCCAAUUAUUUACCGAAGGAGUAAAGGAUAGAAAUUACUAUCUAGCAACUAUUCAAGGGGUUCAACAGUGUUUGGCCAAAGAGAUCCAACAGCGGAAAUAUAACCAAACUUUAGCACAAGCUGAGGGGUACACUUGUGACGUUGCCUAUGACAUGUUCAUGUGUGUGAGUGAAGAAAUUGAGACGCUUUGUGGGAUAUCACCUUGAAAGAAGCUGCAUCAAGUGAAUCUUCAAUAGAUUCCAACAGCUGCACUAUUUAUUGAAGUUACCAUGUAUAUUCAAAUGAACAGUUCAUUUGAAUCCUC